CAAGUUAGGAUCUGGUGGCUCGCUGUGCAGGCUUGCAGGAAGGGUCAAAUACCGCAUAUAAGGAGAUGCCUCUGUUCCUCGACAAUCCACCUUCAACGAAGAAUACUACCCUCUGCCUUUGCACCCGGCUAUAUCUAGACGAUGUCUCACGAAUCAAUCGCCCCAGUGCUUGUCGUUGGAGCAGGCCCUGCAGGGCUCACCAUCGCCCUCUCCCUCCUGAAGAACGGUGUCCCCGUUCGCAUCAUCAACAAAGCCCCCGUCGACCACAAGGAGCAACGCGGCCUCGGCCAGCAGCCCCGAACGCAGGAGGUGUUCCACUUCUUGGGCGCCCUCCUGGAGAUGCGGACGAUGGGGAUAGAUUUGCAGCCGCUCGUGUUCUACAAGUUCCCCGGGGGGAAGGAGGUGCUGACGACGCUGCGCCUCGUGGCGUCCGAGGACCCUACGCCGUCCAGGCCCUUCAACAACCCCAUACAGGUCCCGCAGUACCAUACGGAGGCUGUUCUGCGCUCGCAUCUGGCGAAGUACGGGUGUUCGGUGGAGCUGAACACGGAGUUCGUUGGGCUCAAGCAAUUUGACGAUCACGUUGAGGCUACCGUCAAGCGAAUGGAAGGCGGCGAGGAGAUGAUCGAGACAAAGAGUUACCGGUGGCUCGUCGGCGCGGAUGGAGGACGAAGCGUGGUGCGCAAGCAGAGUGGGCUCGCGUUUGAAGGCACGUCCACUCCAGAGAAAGCGAUCUUGGGCGAACUGUACUUAGAGGGAUUGGACACCGAGCACUGGCACAUGUGGCUCAAGGAUGCAGGCAAUGACCUUCCCACCAGCUUGCUUGUUCGCACGACGGAGGUACCGGGCAAAUUCUGGUUCAUGCUCUCGGGCGACAUCGACCCUGAUCAAGCGCUCGUAAGCAAUGAAUCUGUGAAGCAGGCGUUGCAACUGGCUAUGGAACGCGAUGACCUCCCCUUGGGGGAGAUCGUUCAUGUGACCGACUACAGACCUAGCGUGCGUAUGGUGAACAAAUUCAGGACAGGUCGCGUUUUUGUAGUCGGGGAUGCAGCACACGUGCAUACCCCUCGAGGAGGACAGGGCCUCAACUCGAGCGUACAGGACGCGUUCAACCUCGGCUGGAAGCUCGCCUUGGUAGAGACAGGUCUCGCUCCGCCUUCGCUUCUGGACACAUACAACGAAGAGCGACUCCCCGUCAUCAAGCGCAUGCUCCAAGAGACUGUUCGAAUGACGCAGGAUGUCUUCACCAAACGCGGCGACGCGGAGUCGAUCAAGUCAGCCUGGCAGCGCGGCACGCACCUCAAGCAGUUCGGAAUCAACUACAGAUGGAGCUCGAUCGUCUUUGACGAGCGAUUCCAGGCGAUCGACGCGCAGGGCGCGGAGGCGGCGGCGCUCAACCCAUACGGCACCGAGGGCGAUAGUAUACUAAGGGCGGGCGAUCGCGCACCCAACGCUACGGGGCUGGUGCGUGUCGGCCAGGACGCACAGUCCCAGACGACGGAUCUCUUCAGUGUCUUUGGGCCCACCCACCAUACAGCCUUGAUCUUUGGCGGGGGUGCCGCCGGCAUACGAGCCAUAAUCAAGAGCCUGCAGGUAUGUCCCCCGGGCGCAUUGUUCACCGUCAUCGUAUCUCCAGGAGCAGAUUCGGUUGCUCUGAAUGCGGCGGAUGGCGGAGAUGCAGUCUUGCACGACGGCGACGGCACCGCAUACGCAGGGUAUGGCAUGUCGGAGUACCAGACCUAUGUCGUCAUUGUGAGGCCGGAUGGAGUCGUUGGUGCAACUGUGUCGGGGGAGGAAGGGGUGAGGAAAUACUUCGGCGCAGUAUUCUCAGAUAUUCAACCGGCAUAAGCCGUGCUUAGGGUAAGUAUCACUCGUACUAUAACGUUCGUGAAUGUAUCAUUCUUGUAUCAUAUAUGAUACUUAUACGCGAACGACAAUCGCACGG